AGUGACAACCCACCCAGUCUCUUAAAUGAUUUGGCAUGUUUUGGUUGUGGAGAAAAGUGAGGAGCUAUUUUGCUCUCCUCACACAAAUCUCUCACACAAAUCUUGUCAUGAAUGCUAAAAUUAUUACUAGCUUUCAAAAUCGUUUGUAGGCUACUCCCGCUGCUAUGUUUGAUAAUGACUUUACUAUAUUACAUAUUUUUAAGUCUAGACUAGUGCAAUUUGAAAUUAUGUGGAAAACGGGCUUUGAAAAAGUGUAGAGGUGUGUACACCAAGCACACGAUAGGGAAACUGCACACUGACGUUGCAUGAAUAGCCACGUACUGUACCGAGAGCAGAGAACAGAGGCUAUUAUUUUUUACAACACCUUGUGCAGAGCGCGCAGUCACCAGUCUCGCUCUCUCUCUCUCUGCAAAGCUAACAACUUCAGGAGCCUUGCUAUUGUUCCAGCAUGUUACAUAUUCGCCAUUCUGUGUCCAAGCAUAUCGGCCUGGCAACAGUUUAAUUUGCUGAGCAGUUUUGGAAGAUCGUUUUUUUUUCUCUCGGCUGAUGUGACAUUAUCCAUCUGUAAUGAUGUGGACCUCUCAGGACUUUAUUGGAUUCGUUGUAUUGUCUAGUUUAUGUAUACAAUUUGGAUUCUGCUUUGAAGGAAAGUUUACGGAUAUCCCCUCCAAUCUAACGGUAAAAGAAGGUCAAAACAUUGAAAUGGCGUGCGCCUUCCAGAGUGGAACCACGUCAGUUUACUUAGAGAUUCAAUGGUGGUUUAUAAGAGCACCAGAAGAACCCAGCAGCGAGGAGGAGGAGGAUGAUGAGGAAGAGAUGGAAAUGAUACCAGAGCCGGAUCCAGACAAUGAAGGGACUAAAAUAAGUACGGUGAAGGUACAGGGAAACGACAUCUCCCACAAACUGCAGAUUUCCCGGGUGGGAAAGAGUGACGAGGGCCUGUACGAGUGCAGAGUCACCAACGCCAACUACGGAGAGCUGCUGGAGUACAAGGUCCAGGCCUACCUGAAGGUGAACAGCACCCGGCCCCGCAUCAGGCUGGCCAAGAAGACAUCCCCCUUGUCACACCUGACAGCUGAUAAGAAGCCACGCAAGACAGGCGCCACAGCAGCACAGGACAGCAUGAGCCCCGACCUGAGGGUUCGCUCUACCUCCAGCUCUCAGACAUCAUCAGCCAGGACAAUCAAACAGAGUUCAGGCACGAGGAUAGCUACAAGCUGUGGACUUGCCAUCCUGAUUCUUGCCUGUGGCUUCGUGAGGGAUACCUUGCUAUAGUUUCAAGGACUGACUUUUUCCUCCGAGUAUCACUCCCUCUUCUCGAAGCGAAGGAGAAAAUGGCCUGUUAUUACCACCAAGCGGACGACACAGUUGGCCCUAAUUUUCCACUACUCUGCACCCAAUACAUUCUUAUUACCCGUUGUACCACAAGAGGCACCUUCUCAAAGGCCAGCGGCGGGAUUACCUGUUGUGCCGACGUUUCUUCAAUGCACCCAACAAUCGAAACAAAAUGGAAACUGACAUUGGCUCCUUGGAAUAUCUUUCACAGACCUUUAUUUUGAGAUUCCUGCAGUGAAUCUAUUGUGUCAUUGCUUAAAGUAAAAAAAAAUAUCUAUAUUUGUGUAUAUAUAAUAUCAGUAUAUAUAAUUGUUUUAUUUCAAACACCUGGAACUGUGUAUAGCUUACAUUCGCUAUGUUUUCACUAUUAUGUAACUACGUCACGCAAGGCUAUUCAUAGUCCUCUUAGAACAAAAGAGCUAGUCAAAUACAACAACAUGAUGUAGAGGCCUAGUCGGAUUGCUAAAUGAAGGCAACUCGACAAUGAAUUAUUUUAUCAUCCGUAUUGUGUGUAACUUGCAAAUACAGUUCUCGAACGUUGUUAUUACAGAUCACUUCUCAUUAAUGCUCACCUUCUUUACUUUUUACAAUGGUAUUUCUUCUGUUUACAAUUAUACUUAUUUUCCGUCCCUUCUCAUUUCCUAUAUUAUGAUUCAUGAACAUGUCAAUGUCCAUUAUGUGACCAUGCCAGCAGACUAUUCAUUUAAAUUGGCCUGCACUAAUAUUGUACAAAGGCAUUCAUAGUCAUGCUUCACGUACAGUACAGCUCUCCUAUUUAAAUGUUCUACCAUCACAGAGGAAAAAAGGACUGAGUAUCAAGGUACUGCUGUAGUCUAUUGUUCAGGGACACUAUCUUUAUGUAAAGAAUCUUACAUUAGCCAAGAAGACAUCUUAUACCGUUUUGAUGGUGCAAUGAUUCCCCCAAUGAUACCUAGAAGAUAGGUUUCUUAUCUAUGACACAAACGUAAGGAUGAGGAAAGACUCUAUAGGUCUUGUGAUUAAAGGAAACGGGUUUUAAAAUUGCUCUCGCUCUUAUCCCUUCACAAUGUUCGAUUGACACAAUGCUUUGACAAUCUGACCUCUUGAUUCAGAACCCGUUAGCAGACGUCAUGGAUUUUACCGUUAUUUUAACUGUUAAUAGAAGUAGGAGCUUUCUAAGUAUCUCUUCAUUGUUCCAUAAACAUUCACCACUUUGAAUAAUUACCAUUAACUAAAUGGAUGCAUCGAUGCUAUGUUGCAUUAUUGUUACGUAAAGUGACCACUGGACAUAUUCCCCCAUAAAUACAGAUUACGGAUCUUAAUUUGAGACAGUUUGCUACAGCAGGAAACUAAUCCUUCAGCAGCAGGACAUUUGAUUUAUUAUAUGGUUUAUAGUUAAUGGACAUUUUCAAAGUGUAAAAUAGAAAUCUUUUUAAAACCUCAAAUACACUACACGUAGUAAGUUCCCCUGCUACAGGGUGAUCACAUUAAAGAUCAUACAUCUGUACUGUUUGAAUGGGUGGAAUUGUUCAUUGAUGCAGUAACAGUGCUUCAGAUCUGCCAUUCAGUUGAGUUGAAGAGGGAAGCCAAAGACUGAAGAGAGUCUCCAUUGUAAAAAUGUAUCAUGCAACCAAAGACAUUGGCUAUAUGUCCAUAAAAUAUGGCGUUCACCAACAUCGAUCUCUUUGCUCAUACUGUAGCCUAGUGCUCUCACAUAUUGUUCCAAUUUAUUUCCAAUCUGGUCUUACCCAGAUUCACAACGCAACAUCUGUCCAUUUCUUCAAAUCCUGUUUAAAAUAAUAUCAUUUUGUACUUACUGGGAUGGAAUUAUUCAAGGUAUUGGAAGUGCCUACACAUUUUAGGGGCCACAAAGAAGCACCAUUUUGCUGAAAGUCUCAAUAGGCUUUUUCCACAGUUAAGAUAGUCCAGUCUGCUGUACAGAUCAGUGAGAGGAUCUAAACUAGGGUUUCCGAAACUGUGUGGGGGGGGGUGCACCACUUGGGGUCCCGAGGAAAGCGUUUGGGAAAGGCUGAUCUAAACCUGUUGAUUCAGCAAUUGGAGUUAGCUGACAGAGCAUACCGGAGGAUCCACCUAGAGACAUAUCCUGAUCAGCAACUAUUGUCAGAGUACAAGAUGUGUAGGCCAAAUAUUUAAUCUGCACUGUUCCAGUGGUGCCCAGGAUGACAAAACUCAGUCUAGCAAGGCUGUGUCAUGCCACUCAACCUCAAAUCAAUACUAGGCUAAAUUCCAUUGAGUAAAGUAACAUCAUAACUAUUUAAAUUAAUCCUAAAUGUUCAGUUUUUAAAAAGAAGAGUUGACAUCUGCUAGUAGAAUGUUUAUACUGUACAAGUUCUCUAGCCAGGGACUGGUGAAAUGAAUAGCAUAUUUGUGUGCACAGUUAUAAAGUGAUGCUCCAGAGCUUUUGUAUAAUUUCAGCCAGUCGUUUUUGAAAGUAGUGUUCACAAGCCAAAACGGGUCCCCGAAAACUGUACGCAGUUGUGUACUAUGUCAUCCAUUUCGUAUGAUGUUACGCUGUGCAAAAAUAUUUAAUUUUGUUUUGCAAUUCAGAUGAUAUGUUAUGAAUUUGUACGUGCUUAAGAUCCCGAACUGCAUCUUUAAAUGAAUGCCUUCAGUUUGUCAAAUUCCUGUAUAAAAUUUAAAUAAAAAAAAUCUGUAAAACUUGUAAAUUAAAUAAUCAGCAUGUAACCUUUUUUAAUCAAAAUGUCUAAAAGCAGAGACAAGUGAUGUUCUGUAUUUGUAACAAUGUUGUCAUUUAUUCAUUUGCUAACAACAGGAAAUGGAAUUACGCAAUUCUUUAAAAAAAAACUUUAUUGACAGUUUGAUUCACCAUCAGUUACGGAGGACCUCUUCCAAUGGCAACUUACCUGUUGCACGGCCUACAGUACUUCAACUCACUGGAUUUUGUCAACAAGAAAUGGAACCAUUUCAGAGUAUCAUGGGUCAAGCAAAGUGAAUAUAUAUAAUUUGAAGGAUUGACAACAGUCAUUUAUUAAGGUAAUUGUAAAGUCUGACAAUUGUGGUGGCUUACAAGCAACAAAAGUCUCAGCCAUCAAACAAGCUAUUGGCAAUUCCACAUGAAGGAAUUAGGCUGAGACUCAGAUUUUUUACUUUAAAAUGUUUGCCAAACAAAAUCCAAUUGAUAUCAAAGUUUAAGAAUCCACAAUGACUACUUUUAAAAAUGUACAUUGAAAACUUGACCUUAAUACAUUUACUUGAAGAACAGUGCUGAUGCAAAGUAUGGUAACUGAAUGACGGUUUGUUCUGUUGGUGCCGUCAUUCUGUAACCAAACGUUGCAUCUGCACUGUUCUUCAAGUAAAUGUGUUUUUGUGAAAUUUCUGUGUAAAAGAAGUCAUUGUGCACAGAGUUGUGUUUAUUUUAAUAGGCAAGUCAGUUAAGAACAAAUUCUAAUUUUCAAUGACGGCCUACCCCGGUCAAACCCUCCCCUAAUUGUGCACCGCCCUAUGGCACUCCCGAUCACAGCCGGUUGUGAUAAAGCCCGGGAUCGAACCAGGGUCUGUAGUGACGAUUCUAGCACCGUUGCUCCACUCUGGAGCCCACUUUGGGAGUCGUAUGGUGUGUUAAACUUUGAAAUCAAUUGGAUUUUGUUUGGCAUACAUUUUUUAAGUAAAAAAAAAACUCAGUGUCAUUCCGUUACCGGGGAAUUUUCCGUACAAUGCAAUGACAAUUGAGUAGCACGAUCAGUUUCUGUUCUUUUUUUCUGAUCCAUUGUUUCAGGUCCACAUAGAUGUAUUGUCUCCUUAUCAUGAUUCAUCUCCAUGCAGUCUUGUCUGUUUGUUGAGCCGUCAAAUGUUAUGAACUGUAAUUUUAUUUUGAUUUGGUAGUGUGUGUGAAGCUUCUGUACUGGAACGUUGACACAGUUUGUAUUGUAAUGAUGAUAUCAGAAUACUAUUUAAAUAAAUCAUUUUCACAGACUGGAUUCAAA